AUGCGGGAGGUCAAUUUCAGCAUCCCGAAUGUCAAUAAGGCCUCCGUCAACAUCACAACCACACUCUACGAUCGGCGUGCUCUCGACUGUACAUCUACCCUCCCGCUGGUCAACUCGCUCAACCAUCUAGCUUACCUCACAACUUCAUCCGCCCGCAUUCGCGAUAUCCUCACCAUCGAUGGCGGUGUUGAACGCCUGGUAUGCAUCCUCAAAGAGGGCCGGACGAAGGAUUUGAUGGAUUGUUGGAAGUGGAGCCUCGCUUUUCAAUGUGUUGUUAACAUCGGAGUGAGAGGCUCGGAGAGUGUGCGAACCAGAGUGGUCGAGGCCGACAUCGUACCAGUGGUUGCGACCGUGCUAGACAAUUAUAUCAAGAUGAUCGAAAAGGCUCGCGCCCGAGCUGAGAGUGAGAGUAGUCGGCACUCGUCCAGAAACCCCCUGAAAGCCAUCCACGGGCCCACCGCCAGUCUUCCUACUCGUCCACUCUAUGUCGACCAGUCUACAAACACCGAACACCGUCCAUCCCGUCGCCAGGCGCCUCCUCCUCACAUCGAAAUCCCUCCUCACUACCAAGCCAACAAUACAGAUACCAACACUAUGGACAUAGCGUCUUCCCCUCGUGCGCCCAUGGCCACUCUCCCAGAGCGACGGAGCCUCGCGAUCGAGGAUAAUCCUCGUCAUGCUCAUAACGCUCACCGCCACCUUGUGAUGCAGCCUCUGUCCACCGCGGCGGCUAUGGACACUGCCGACGGCUUCGGUUUGCGCCCGGUGCGUGACGCCGAGAGACUUCCUAGCAUGCUUCCAGGCCUACAAAACGGGCUAAUAUCUCAGCCUGACUCCCCUACCACCCCCAGUGGUCCUACGCAGCUGCGAAGCCAUAUUCACCCGCACGGACUACGGUCGCGUCCCACUUUGUUACAACAACAAUCAGUCUCGGGCGAUUCCGACAUUGCCAAUGGCGAAGAAUCCACCGUCGGCUCCACCGUCGGCUCUGGACAUAGUUCCGCGAUGGGCGACGAAGUGGGAAGCGAGAUCACCGACCCGAUGAUCGGCAUGGAGAACCGGAUGGAGAUAGAUGAUGUUGGCGAUAGACAAUCCGUGCUUGGGGAAGUCUCGAAUGCCCAUGAUCUGACGGUCAACGACUCGUCGGAAGGACAAGAAGCUGACACAUUCAACAUCGCACAUCGGUCGGCUGUUGAUCGAAGCAUGAUUGAGAACAAUGAGGCGCAGACAAAUGGGUUAUCACCUACUCAGGCUCCUGAAAAUGCCAACUCCCCUGUUCCUGUGCCGACUCCCUAUUCGUCAUACAUCCGCGAACGUCUCGCUAACCAGACUACGGCGACGACUAUGCCCCGCGACGAGGAUGUCUUGAUGGCUCUUCAGCUCCUCGCAUAUGUCUCCAAGUAUUGCAGUCUCCGUUCUUACUUUCAGAACACCCACUUUGUCCCAAAGCUUCGGGUCGAUCGUGAGCUCAAGGUUCUCGAUGGCGGUAUGUCCCCCAUCGAACCCCUCGAUGAUGAGGACGAGGAGUACUUGCAGCCGGACGAUGUCAAUAUCUUCCCUCUGGUGGAGCACUUUACCAUCCGUCAUCACUCGAAGGAUAUGCAAUAUUGGGCCUGCGUGGUCAUGAGAAACCUCUGCCGCAAGGAUGAGGCCCAGGGUGGCAUCCGGCAAUGCGCCUACUGGAAGUGCGGCAAGUGGGAAGAAUAUCAGCGGCAGUUUGCCAAAUGUCGCCGCUGCCGUCGCACCAAGUACUGCAGCAAAGACUGUCAGAAGGCGGCUUGGAUCAGUCAUCGUCAUUGGUGUCACACCAACCCUUGA